AUGGCUUACAACUCACUUCCUCAACCUCCUCCUGCCCCUCCUCCUGUCUCUGGUACAAACUAUUCAGCCGAGCAUGGUUGCUUUGAGGGACCCGAAAAACUGCUCGAAAUCUGGUUCUCUCCUAGUCCUUCUUUCAGUCGCUUUGAUGGUCAAGGUGCUGAUUCUCUGUCAACAUCUCUCACAAACUCUGAUUCUGAAGAAAUGUCAGAUGAAUCCAGUCCUGCCACUCCAAAUGAAUCUCAAAUCAAUCUCUCCUUGGGAUUCUCUCAAGAUCUUCGCACAGUCGAUCGCUCUCUUUGGGACUCGAUGCUUGCUACUGUCAAAUGUACAGUACUGAGUAUUGUCAGUAAUGCUCAUGUGGACGCUUAUUUGUUAAGUGAGUCUUCCAUGUUUGUGUUUCCUCAUAAGAUUGUGCUCAAGACGUGUGGUACCACCACUCUUCUCAAUGCUGUACCUUAUAUCCUGGAAAUCGCUAAAACUCGUUGUGGAUACGAAAGUGUCUAUCGUUUGUUCUAUUCCAGAAAAUCAUUCAUGUUUCCUGAGAAACAACUCGGUCCUCACAGGAGUUGGGAAGAAGAGGUCAACUAUUUGGACAAUCAUUUUGACAAUGGUGCUUCUUAUGUGAUUGGUAAUACCAAUGCUGAAGAAUGGUAUCUCUAUCUUACUUCACCCGACAUGUCUCAUCAUCAGAGCGAACAUGUUGAAAACUUGACUGAUAUGAAGCAGUUGAUGAAGGAAACAGAGGGCCUUUCCUGGAUGAGCGAUUCGGUAAAUCAGUUCACUCCCUGGAGUAGCAAAGGCAAAUUCUCUACCAUGGUACCUCGUCAUCAGCAUCACAAUAGCAGCGGUUUAUACAGCACAGCUUCUUCUAUUCAAGGGUAUCGCACACAUGAUGAAACCAUUGAGAUUCUGAUGACCAACUUGGACAUGAAAGCCAUGGAAGCCUUUUACCAACGUGGUGAUGAACCUAGCGGUCUUGUAGGAGGUAAACGCAUUGACGUGGAAACUGGUCUUGAUCAACUCUAUCCCGAAGCCAAUGUCGAUUCAUACAUGUUUGAGCCCUGUGGUUAUUCUUGCAACGGUUUAUCUGAAGAUGGUUAUUACACAAUCCAUUGUGCUCCUGAAGAACAAUGUUCUUAUGCUUCUUUUGAAACUACUAUUCCUGUUAAACCUGUUGAAACACCUGGUAAACAUGGUCAUGGCCGUGAAGAAGCUAUUCGAAAGCUUAUCCGUCAAGUCAUUGAUAUCUUCCAGCCUGGAUCCUUUACUGUCACUUACUUUGCAUCUCAUUGCGAUGCAGAUCAGCAGGUAGAUAACAUCAGUAAGCUUGUGCGUACUGUGGAUCAGUUUGGUGGCUACAGACGUAAGGAUAAAAUCCUUCAUGAAUUUGAAGGGUAUGAUCUUAUUUUUGGUCAUUUUACAAGACUUUAA